UUUCCCGAUCCUGCGUACGUCCCUGAACGUCUCUCGGUCGGCUCAACAGAAAAUGGUGUCACCUUUAAGGAGCUUGAAAAGUGGAGCUUAUUCCCUUUAAAUCUGACCUUCUAUCAGGCUGUUUCCAGUCGGAUCCACUCGGGAACUGUGAGGUGCAGAAAGCCUCCUACCUGUCCAGCCUCCAUCAUGUCUCCACCUGUUCGUUCACAUUGAUGCGUCCGCCGGCGCUCUGCAGCAGAAGACGGCUGGAAAUGAGCACCCACAGGUGGCCCAACAUCUCCAGGAGGCGGCGCUGCUGAGACGGGAUCGCUUGGUGACGGUCGAGAGUCCGCCGCCGCCGCCAUGGACGAGUUCUCCACCAGGACGUACGGCACCAGCGGCCUGGAUAACAGACCUCUGUUUGGAGAGACGUCUGCUCGGGAUCGGAUCGUCAACAUGGUCGUAGGAGGCUUUACGUCUGUGGUUGUUCUGGUAACGGUGAUCGGCUCGUUUGUGUUCCCCUCGUUGACUCCGCAGCCGCUCAACAUCUUCUUCGCAGUGUGCAUCCUGCUGGCGUGUGGCUCUACCAUCGUUCUGAUCUUCUGGUACCGACAGGGCGACCUGGAGCCCAAAUUCAGGAAGCUGAUCUACUACAUGCUGGCCACCAUCAUGCUGCUGUGUUUAUGUGCCAACCUUUACUUCUUCGACGUCAGGUAGAGGAGGAGCGGACGGCGCGGCUCUGACUGACGGAUGGCGGUCCGGCGUGGACAGGCGGACCGACACGUGACCAAAAGAGAGACUCGUUUCCACCGAGAGGCUUUCUGGGACC